AUGGCUGGAACUUAUGCCACUGACCCUGAAUGGGCUGAUGUGUCUCCUAUCGAGCUGAACGAUGGUUCAGAGUCGGGAGCGAUGCCGCUGGCGACCAUUGCCUAUCCAUCGGAUUACCUCGAAGCCACUUCCUAUCUGCGUGCGGUGAUGGCCGCCAACGAGAUGUCUGAACGGGCUCUGAAGUUGACCAAGGAUGUGAUCUCGAUGAACCCAGCACAUUACACUGUUUGGAUUUAUCGGGCUAGAAUUCUUUUUGCCCUGGACAAAGACCUCCUUGAGGAGCUGGACUGGCUGAAUGGCGUCUCUUUGAAAUAUCUCAAAAAUUACCAGAUCUGGCACCAUCGCCAGGUUUUAAUCUCCUCAAAAAAGCACUUCCCAACCAUGCCCACCAAAGAACCCGACUUCCUCAUGGAAAUGUUCACCCAAGACUCCAAAAACUACCACGUCUGGACAUACCGCCACUGGCUGGUCCGGCACUUCAAGCUCUGGGAUUCCCCGCGCGAAAUCCACGACGUCGAAGCUCUCAUCCAGUCCGACGUCUACAACAACUCGGCCUGGAACCACAGGUACAUGCUCCGCUUUGGACCACGCGAUGACCAGCCCGACGCGGGCAUGAUCAACGCGGGUGACUCGUCUGCGUCGCCCGAGGAGAAGGGCCGGCUAACCGUUGUGGAUGAGGACUUGGUGGAUGCGGAGUUGAAGUUUGCGCAGAAGCAGAUUCUGCGGGCGCCCGAGAAUCGGAGCUCGUGGUGGUAUGCACGCGGGGUGUUGCGGGCGGCGUCGAGGGGGUUGGAGGAGUGGGAGGAGUUUGCGGGGAGGUUUGUGGAUGGGGAGCAGACGAAGAGUAGUCAUGCGGUGGAAUGGUUGGCGGAUGUGUAUGCUGAGGGGGAGAAGGCGAAGGCCGUGAAGAUGUUUACCAUGUUGAAGGAGAAGUAUGACCCUAUCCGGAAGAACUUUUGGGAUUACCGGAUUCGACAGUUGGGGGUAGUCGCUUAG